AAUAUCGUAUAUACGGAGAGCAGGCAACGAGCUAGCCCUCAGAACAAGACUUCUAUCUGCCAGUCAAGAUACUCGGAUGACGUUCAAAAUGGCAAGAGGGAAGGCCCAUCAGACGCUCCUGGCGCUGUGCUUAUGCUACGCCGUUGUGGAAACCAUCUCCGCGCCAAUGGACGUGGCCACCCGAGCGGACGGGUCGGUGUUGGUCGGCGACAUGCUGUACUCCGCGGACCAGUGGCAAAGUUUGCUUGCUAAAAACUUGGAUUCCAUAGCCAAACUUUGGCCGAAAGUGAACGGAGUUGUCAAAAUUCCCUACAAGAUAUCAGAUCCGAAUUUGAACGUAACUCUGCUGAAAUUGGCGUUCACAUCUUGGGAGGCUAAUUCGUGCUUAGAGUUCCCAGAGAUGACUGCAUCAGACACCGAGUAUCUGAAGAUCACGAUACAGAGCGGCUGUUUCUCCGACGUGGGGUACACACGCGGCAAGGUCACAACAGUCAGCAUUUUUGGCGAUGCUUGCGACCUCCAGGGAGUCAUCCACGAGUUGGGCCACUCGUUGGGACUACAGCACGAGCACUCCCGCAGCGACAGGGACGACAACAUCAUCGUGGUCAUGAGCAACGUCAUACCCGGCUUGGAAAAUAAUUUCAUUAAAUCCAAUACUGUCAACUUUGAGGUUCCCUACGACUACUAUUCAGUCAUGCAUUAUCAGGAUCGGGCUGGGGGAAAGGACAAUAAGCGCGUGUUUCUCGCUAAAGACGCCCGUUUCCAAGAAAUCAUGGGGAAUGCUCCUGGAAUUUCCUUCAUGAACAUGAAGCUCGUGAACACCAUGUACGGCUGCAUAGAUGCCAUUGUGGGGAAGAUAUCCCCAAAUAGCGCCUUGAUUCCUCCAGGAGGAGAAGUCAUCUCUCCUGGAUACCCUACAAAAGGUCCACGGGAAGGUAUACAGUACACGCAAGUGAUGCGUGCUCCCGAAGGCCAGAGAGCAGUGGUCAAGUUCGAAGACUUCCAGAUCUUGCCGCGUUUCAACAAGACUUGCAGUUACAGCUCCUUGGAGAUACGUUCUGACGUCUCCGUGGAGGAGGGGGCCAUAUUCUGUGGUGAAGAAAUUUCGAACGGAACAGUUUUUAAGAGUAACAAGUCGGAGCUUAUCCUCCACUACAAGAACUACAACUACGCAAUGUUUGGACUAGAAAACUGGAGUCGUGGGUACAAGGCCGUUUUCACAACUGAGAUCAUUUCCAACUGAAGGUAGUCUCGAGGUGAUGCGGAGUCAUCUGUUGCUUCUGGUGCGAAGCAUGGACGACGUGGAGCUCUCAGUAGUUUGCUGAUUUUGCGUGAAAAAAAUAUAACCGUUUGAAAUUGUUAUACUUUUUUAUUAU